AUGGAGUUCACAAGGACUAGAUGCAAAGAUAAACAUUGUGAUUAUUGCCUUACAUGGAAUGGUCCUCCUAUGAAGGGAGUUUCCCAACCUCUUCCUGAUCCUCAGAGGCCAAUGCAUUACAUGGAUGUCAGUGUAACACCCACUCACACAGAAGGUGGAGAGGAACGAGAAGCUGAUGAUUGGCAACCAAGGGCAAACAUAACAAAGAUGUUCAACACAGAGUCCAUCUCCCUAGAUCAGCAAGACUUAAUUACGGAAUUUUCAGAUAAGUUCUGUGUCAAAAGGGAAUAUGUAGUCAACUAUAUUCAACAUCUGACCAACCUUCAUCAUACCAAAGGUAUUCGAGCAAGGCAAAGAGCCAGAGAUAAAGUUGAAAGGGAAGGCAAAGAUUAUGAUGACUAUAACUGGUUAGAUUUAGUGGUGAAUGGGAAACUGAAAAGCCUGAAAGUUGUGGAAUUAGAAAAUACCUGGAUAAAAACAAACUGAGCAAAAAAGGGAAGAAGGCUGAUGUGCUUAGAAAGAAGCAGAAUGAUACGAUUGAAAAGGUGAUUGAAGAAACUGGAUCUGACUACAAUAGUGACACAGGUAUAAACAGUGACAGUGAUGAAGAUGUUAUUUUGGAUGAGUUUGGUGAUGAUACCAGCAGUGAAAGUGAUGAGGAAGUUGACCAGACCGCAGAUGAGACCGCAGAUGUUGAAUCUCUUCCAUGGGUUGUGAGGACUCGUUAUGGACGUCAUGCGGGACAUUGGAAUCUGUUCCAGCUUAAGUGA